AUGAUUUAUCAGCAAAUCUUAGCGACAAAACUUGAGGCCAAAUUGAUGCCAAUUGACGAAAUAUCGACUGAAUUACUUGCUGAGGACUUCUUCACAUCGAUCAACCUGACUGCCAUGCCGGACUUAUUCUUGGAGAAGUCAAUUCUGACGAAGCAGGACGGUAUGGACAUAAUCUGCCACGCGAGCGCAUGGGACUUUUACGACAGCAAGGAUUUCAGGAUUAAGCAGUGUACGCGCGUCAACAUGGAGGACCUGAUGACGGCGCAUCACGAGAUGGGCCACAUCGAAUAUUAUCUACAGUACAAGGAUCAGCCCACGAUCUUCAAGGAGGGCGCGAAUCCAGGCUUCCACGAGGCGGUCGGUGACGUCAUCUCUCUCAGCGCGCCCAUCCCGCGUCAUCUCAAGGUCGGUCUACUACAAGACGACACGACCGACCGGGAAACAUUGCUCAAUCACCUCCACGCGAAGAGUUUCGACAAAAUCGUCUUCCUGCCGUUCGCUUAUAUAAUGGACAAAUGGCGCUGGAACGUGUUCCAGGGAAAAGUUACGCCCAACAAUUACAACUGUAACUGGUCAGUAUUUUAG